AUGACGGCAACACUACCCCUGGAACUGUUAUUCCAGAUUGCAACUCUUCUGCAAAAUGAUGGAAAUUCUCUAGUUCCAUGCACUUGUGUUUGUCGCUCAUGGCAGGCGGCUUUUGAACCCCUCAUCUACUCCAACCUAGCUGUCUAUAGUGACGAUAAACACAAAGAAGAGGGGCAACGUGGAAUUUCUCUCCGAAAUUUCCAAAAGCUCAUAUCCGGCGAUCAUGCUAUACGGAAAACCUACAUCCGAAAGCUUGAAUACAAUAUCCUCGUCCCCUACGAAAUCUUAGACUGGAUCGCACGCAAACACCGGGAGAGUCCUGAAAAUUAUAGCACAGAUAACCCUAUCCGAAAGGACAACGAUCUAUCUUUUCAGACAGCUAUGGUUAGCCUUUUCCAAGAGCUUCAAUCAUGGGAUCAAAAUUCCCGUCUGAGAUUAAACCUGGCUAUUCGAGGUCGUCGGCAAGGUCUUGCACCGGAACCACAUACUCAGCAUUCAGAAAUCGCCGGUGACUAUCGUUGGGAUUAUCGAGAUGGGCAUAUAUUAUCGAUUCCCCCAUACAGAGCGCGGUUCCUCAAGGAUAUGUCGGAUCUACCAUAUCUUCCGUGCAUUGAGAAGCUCUCUUUUCUAAACCGUAAUCAAAUCUGGACUGGCGCAAUGCGGACUAUAAUUCAACGUUGUACCCAAAUCGUUGAAUUGGAGCUAGAUCUUGAGGAAUUCGUCCGUCCAGACCACCUGGAGUAUAUACAGGCACGUCGCGAAGGACAUGAUGAUGCCCCGUGGAAACCGGCCAUGUCCCCACUCAAUGUCAUCCCUUCUGGUGUUGAUAGUGUGAGCUCCAAUUUACGAGAUCUCAGUAUUCACCUUCAGCAACUGAAGUUGGUGAACACCACUAUCGCAUAUGACUUUUUGUGUCCUUUGGAUGAAAAAGGUCAGCCUAAACCGGGUUCUUUGCAGUUGAACUGGCCCUACCUAGAGGUAUUAGAACUUGAGGGUAUACCACCUUGGCUUCCUUCAGGAGAACCAACUUAUCAUAACACACCGGAAGACCAAGGCGAAAUUAACGAGAUUGAAAAUUGGGAAGACGUGAUAUGCGAUGUCGAAGCGGGAUGGGGCUGGCCGGAAUUACCGACUGAAGAACAUUUCCAUCGACUUCUCAUAUCGCUCGGCUAUGCGGCCCAGCGCAUGCCCCGUUUAAAGAACAUGAAAAUUGAGGUGGAGAGCCAUCGCCAGUUUACCUCCUGUCUCCAGAACAAGGCCGACCAGAUUAUCUUGAAAUGGGAGUGUUUUUACCCAUAUCGGCCAGAUAUUCGGAUGGCAAAGGCGUGGGAUUUUGACUUGGAUGAUGUGAAAGGUCACCCUCAAUACGAGGAUAAAAGUUCUGUGAUACUUCGGACCUGGCCGCCCAACACCCCUAACGCAUUAAACCCCGAGAGACCUUGGAACGAAACUUAA